AUGUGUGAUUGGUAUAAUGAAUUUACAUUAAAAUUUUUGGAGUUCUGCCGAAAUGAACGCGUUAUUUGGGACCCGAUGCAUCCGUACCACAGAGAUAGAAAAAUAGUCAAAGAUGCAUGGGUUCGAUUGAGAGGACACCUGGAAUAUCCCGUAACCGAAUUAAAGGAAAAAAAACAAUCGCUCAUGGCUACGUUUAGGGGCCAUUUGCGUAAAAAAAAAUCUUUGACCGGAUCAGGAUCCGGUGUAAAUGAUAUUUAUAAGCCAACAUGGUUUGCUUAUGAAUAUAUGGAGUCUUCUCUAGGACCAGUUUACAGAUGCCAGAAAACUAUAGAUACUCAAGUUACAGUAAGUACCUACAAUAAAUGAUGUAUUCCUUCUUAAAGGCUGUACAAAGAUUCAGAAAUUUCUAAUAAAAUUAGAUUUCUUUGUUAUUUUGACAAGUUCAAGUAAAAUAUCGUGGCAUUUUAGGAAAAUCUACUGAGAUCCAAAUUUGGCUCUCAUGGCAGUCAAGUUGUUAAAAUUCAAAAAUAAUUUAAUUUAUAAUUUUUUAUAACUCAAUUUAUUAUAUAAUAAUACAUUCAGUUAAUUACAAUUAAUAUACUAUUUUUUUAUAUUAUAUAUUAUCGUAAAAGUAUGUAGUAAAAGCUUAUCUUAUCUUGAUAGCAUUCGUUGUUGGUCGACGAGAUACUACUAACAAAGGCCUAAUUGCGCAAGAAUCCUGUACGUCCAGUCUCCAUGAUCUCUCUUGAAUUAAAGUACCAUUAUCAACAUACGUAUCAAAUGUCCCCGGUGGAGCAUAAAUUUGUUUGGAAUUAUUUUUUUCUGAUAAAAUUGUGUAGUAAUAUGCAUGUCAUAGUUAAAAGUGUUACUCUUUCUGUAUUUCAUGCAAUUGGUUUUCUAAAUAUUCGAAAUCUCGAAGUUAAUAUCCCAAACGUGUUUUCAACUAACACUCGUGAACUGGAUAAUUUUUCAUUAAAUAAUCAUUUCUUAGGUCCAUAUUCAUGAUUUCCCUGAUAAGGCUUCAUAAUGCGCGUACAAAAUCACAAUCACUUAAAAAAACAUAAGGCAAGGGUUCGUCUGAUCCAGACAAUAGGUAUGGUGUCAGCAAAUUCAAAUUAUUUUCCGAAAUUCUCUCCCAUAAAACACUAUUUCGUAAUACGCCGGCAUCACUAAUCCUUCCUUGGCUGCCGAUGACGGCGAAAAUAAAUUGAUAAUUACUGUCAACUACGGCUAAAAGGACGAUGCUGAGAGUUUUUUUGUAAUUAAAAUACUCCGAUCCUGUCUGAUAUGGACAUUGUAUGUGUUUUCCAUCAAUUGCCCCGAAGGCAUGCGGAAAGUUUCCACUGAAUCCUUUUUUCUACAAUUAGCCAUUUGUCUUUUGUGGACGGCAUCUGUAAAAGAAACUUAACGCGGUACUUGAUAUUUUUUUUGGUUUUGUUUAGUCUUUUGCAUCUGACGAACAAAGUCAAAGUGAAGAAAUCAGCUCUUUAUACAUUGAAGAAAAUCAAAGUAUGGUAACUGAAAAUAUGGAGCAUACGAGUACAGUAGUUCCCGAGCAACCAAACACAACACCACGACCAACGCCAACGUUUCGACGUAGCAGUAACCCUCCUGAGCUUCAAGAAGCGGGAAACCAAACAAAGGAAGCAUUUGGCAUGGUAAAAAAUGUAAUUACCAAAAGAACUGUUGACGAAGAAGAUGAUGAAUAUGAUCUGUUUGCUAAAUCAAUAAUGAAAAAUAUAAGAAAACUGCCAGAACGUGAGCGAAAAGAAUUUAUCAAAGAGAUUGAUAGUUUGUACGAUAAAUAUUAUUACCGGAUAUAUAAACCUUAUUGAUAAAUAGGAAAAAUGUGUAUUAAAUAAAACUAAAAUAUACUUUUUGCUAUAUUUUCGGAUACUUACGUUGUUCUAUUUCAAUGAAUAUUUUUUAUCCACCAUCUUCUUUUUUUCCAUGGCUUCUUAAUUUUCUUUUUGCAAAAAAUGUUAACGUAAUUAUAAUAUGCAAAUGCACAAUACACUGUAGCAGCAGCAACCUCAACAACGUCCAUGUUCAUUCAAAAGUCAAAACUGAAGUACUGAACACAAAAAUGCGAGUGACUUACAAAGCCUCGCUGCAUGUGUACUGCGUGCACUCACACUACCUCACUACCUCACUUAGCCUAAAUAUGUACUGCCGGCAUAAA